AUGGCGGGCGUAAUGGACGUUGACCGCAGCCGGACGCGGAGAGAUAGGACCUUCGUUGGUACUGAUUGCUCCAUCUGUGACGAGCCGUUGGAACACACCUUGCGUGGAGAGCGUGUCCUCCAAUUUUCCUGCACUCAUGUCUCGCACGAGGCUUGUUUCUAUGAAUAUAUUCGCGAAUAUGAAGGCCAGUACUGCCCAACAUGCGAUGCGCCGUUAGGGCUCGAUACCAGUCGUGGCGGAAACAUGAUGGACCUCGAGAAACUCAGCAACAUUGUCCGCUCCGUGACUAGCGAUGCUGCGACGCAUCGAAGUGGCAUAUCCAACCUUCCUCCAUGGGAAGCCGUCCCAGUCCAGGCACGACGGCCCAGUGAUACAACAAGCCAUGCAGGAAGCAGGCCACCCAACCGUGAGAGCCGGGAUGCCUAUAGCCGACGUGACAGCCGGGACACUAGCAGUCACCGCGAACAAGAACGUGAACGCGAACGCGAACGUGAGCGUCUUGAGCGCCUGACUAUGGGUUCCCGCCAACAACACUCGCGGAAUGGAAGCGUCGCCGGGUCAUCCGAUUACAACGAUUCCCAUCAGCAUGUAGCCAACGGGAGACGGCAUGACUACGACGUGCAAGCCAUGGAAUCCGACAUCAGCUCGCGUCCCACCGUUGCCAGGAACCCAAUUCCCGCGCCGACUGUUACGAUCCGUAGCGAAUUCCCAACACUUAACAGGUCUCGCCAGCAGCAGUCUCUAACCUGCCUGAUCACGGUAGAAGUACCCGAGGGCAGUUGGCAACCGGAUGCAAAUGAUCUGCAAAGCACCGAGCAGCCCCAGGACGAACCUUACGGUGCAAUGCAAGUUUCCACCGGCCAAGAGCCCAAACAAGCGCCGUAUGAAAGCCAAGAGAACCUGGAUGAACUUGCCGAGGAGUUGCGGAACAAGGUAGACAACUGGCACGGACUUGAAUUCAACCGGUUUGGAAAGCUCCGCUUGCACGGCCAGAUGAGCGUGGGAAAGGAUCGUGCAUCCUGGCAGGAGCUGGAAUGCUACCUUUUUGGAGAGAUGCUCAUCUGUGUCAAGGAGAAGAAGACCCCUUCGCGCCGUCAGUAUGAGGAUGAUCAGUCCAAGCCUAAGGCGUCCCGCUGUACACUGAAAGGCUCGAUCCUGAUCAAGAAGCACCUGAACAGCAUGGAAGCCGCUUCAGACGAGCCCAUCCUGGCGCUGAAUUUGUCCGUCGCCGAGCUUCCCUGCUUCUACCUUCGUUUCCCGAACCGUAGUCAGUUGGAGCUCUGGCGUCGUUCCCUCCUUGAUCUUCAUCCAAUGGAUGGCGUGUCCCGGAAUGCUGAUUAUGAGCUCGAUGCUUCGGGCGCAGAGGAGGAUGAUUACCGAAACAAUCCGAUCAAACGCCAGGCCUCUAUCAACUCAUCCUACGGAGCAGCCCGGUCAAUCAACACGGCUAUCACUGAAUAUACGAACACUCAACCGGAGAGCCCGGCGCAAUCCAUUCAUAUCCCGCUCGACCUUGUGGUUGUUAUUCCCGUCACAUCUUCCAUGCAAGGUCUGAAGAUUACUCUUCUGCGUGAUGCGCUCAGGUUCCUCGUGCAGAAUCUUGGCCCUCGGGACCGUAUGGGCUUGGUGACAUUUGGCUCUAGCUGUGGAGGAUCCCCCAUUGUCGGAAUGACUACCAAAUCGUGGCCUGGAUGGCCCAAGGUCCUUGAGAAUAUCCGUCCCGUCGGACAGAAAAGUCUUCGCGCAGAUGUGGUCGAAGGUGCUAACGUGGCCAUGGACUUGCUGAUGCAACGGAAGGCAUCGAACCCUAUUUCUACUAUCCUCUUGAUCAGCGACACUUCCACAUCCGAUCCCGACAGCGUGGAUUUUGUUGUGUCCAGGGCUGAAGCUGCCAAGGUUAACAUUCACUCCUUUGGCCUUGGACUGACCCACAAGCCGGACACUAUCAUUGAACUUUCGACCCGCACCAAAGGCUCAUACCUCUAUGUGAAGGACUGGAUGAUGCUUCGGGAGUGUGUCGCUGGGUGCUUGGGUGCGCUGCAGACCACCUCCCACCAGAACGUGAAGCUGAAGCUUCGUCUGCCCGAGGGCUCUCCCGCCAAGUUCGUGAAAAUCAGUGGAGCGCUACAUACAACUAAACGAGCUACUGGUCGUGAUGCAGAGGCUGCCCUCGGGGACCUGCGGUUCGGUGAUAAGCGUGACGUGCUCGUCCAACUUGUCAUCCCCCCUGACAACUCAACGCAAGACCUGACGCCCCAGGAUGCGUGGGAGAGUCUAGUCUCCGGGCUGGAGGCACUUGGGGGCAUGUCUGACGGCGACGACCAACGUGUGGCAAGCGUGGAGGAGGUCCCUCUGAUCCAAGCAGAUCUCACCUAUGGCGAUCUUCUGCGGGAGGGUCACCUCACCCAUCCGCCCCGACCGUCGCUUUUGGCGAUUACCAUGCUUCCACCAAACCCGAAAGCCAAGCCUGGUCGCCCAUCCACUCCGGCAAUCCCUCCUCAUCCGUCCAUUGUUCAGCGACGCAUGGAGCUUUUGACAUCUGACAUGCUGACAAGAGCAUUGACCUUGAUCUCUCGUGGGCAGCAUGACCGUGCGCAGCACCUGUUGACCGAGACCCGCAGUAUCCUGAAGGGCCUGGGCAAAGGUGGACUUCCUCCCCUCCCCGGCAUGAGGCCGGUGGGUACCAGUGACUCUGGCAGCAGAGCAGAUACUCCUACUUCGUCUUCUCCCAAGUCGUCUAUGUAUGACGGCCACUCCUCGGCGGCUUCUGAUACGGCGACCAUCACGUCUGUGUCUGCCGUCGAUGGACAGACGAUCACAGCGUUGGACGCCGACUUGCAGUCGGCGCUGGAAUGGAUCAAUCAUCCGGCAGUUUUCUCCCGAGACUCCCGCAAGGCUGUGCUGCAAGGGAUUGGGGUGAUCUCAUCGCAACGAGCAUACACUUUCCGGUCGCCUUCCGAGGCGCACUGGGCCCAGCGAGUCGAAGGAGUGCGACGACUGACGGAACGGUCCAAGGAGUGGCGUGAAACUGGCGAUGACGCGUUGACUGAAGAAUAA